UGCGUCUAGUAGGUCUCUCGUCUGUCUUCAGCUGUUGUUUUAAAUGACGAUAAUUUAUUUAAAUUUUUAACUUCAAGCCACGCUGGGCCCGUCGUCUCAAUAUUAUAUCGUAGUUUUCAUUUUUUGUCCGUUUACCAGUGAACGACACUUGAUCGAGUAGUUUCGAAACCACCCUGAAAGAUCAUAUAAUAUUAAAUGUUUAAUUUACGAGAGCUGCGACUACCUGCAGGACGUCGAACUUGGCAACGGUCUUGGAGAUGCGUCGUGGCGAAGUUUAAGACGAUCGUGGAUGAUAAAUAGAUUUAUAUAAUAUGCAAACUGUCAAUGUUUAAUGCGCCGGACGGACGACGACGAUGUGACGAGGCUCCGAGACGUCGCGGUCAAGUGUUGUUAUAGUGUAACAUGAAGAUGAGCAAAGUGGGCAACCAAACCAACUCGCAAGACCCUCAGGCGGUUAACUCUCGGGUUUUCGUGGGAAAUCUCAACACAUUUCAAUGUAGCAAAACCGACGUCGAAAGAAUGUUUCAACGAUACGGCCGUCUAGUGGGUAUAUCGAUGCACAAAGGAUUUGCUUUCGUUCAGUUCACUAAUCCCUUUGACGCUCGCAGCGCCUGUGUCGGAGAAGAUGCCCGGACCGUUUUGGGACAAACAUUGGACGUAAACCUAGUGGCCGAACCGAAACCGCAUCAGACCGGUAGGAAAAGGCAAAACUUAUCGAAAACUGGAAACGAUUGGGAAUAUUAUUACAACAGCUAUUACGCCGCUUCGUCGUCGACGAUAUCACCACCAACCGCUGUGGCGGGCAACAAUUGCAAUGGUGGUGGAUCAAAGGCUUCAAAACGCCAAAAAGUCAGCCAUCAGUUCUCGGUGAAGGGCGGCCGUAACCAGAACGGAGGCUGUGGUAGCGGUCAACCGACGGCUGGACAAGGUCUACAGCAACAGUCGCAUCACGCCAUCGUGCCGGACCAACUCAAGCUCUACAGCAAUCCAGACAUACUGAUAUGUGGCAACUGUCGCGAGAUGUUCACCGAACUACAAGGUCUAUUGGAUCACAAGAAGGAAUACUGCAAACUCAGGUUCACCUGCAAGUGUAACAACUCUGUCAAGCCCAAUUUCAACAACAAUAACAAAUGGCCCGGAAACUUGAACGAGGGCUGCUUGUCUUUGGUGUGUGUCCAGUGCAAAGAAUCGUUUGACAGUGCCUGGGAUCUCAUGGUGCACGCGCAAUCGGCUCACAUGAUGAACGUCUACCAGUUGACUACUAGGGACCAGGUAACUGCGUCACCAGUGGGUACAGAAUCGGAAAACGGAUCGACGUGUUCCGUGGGAGCUCAAGUGAACAUCGACGAGGACGCAAACGGGUCGGCGGACGAGUCUCUGUGCAGUGGACGUAACGAGUUGUACGAACCGAUGGACAGCGAUCGUGAACCUAACCUAACCUCUCCAGCGGCAAUGAGCUUCAUCGGAGAAACGGAAAAGGAGUUGACCGACGCACCGCCGAUGACAUCUUCCUGUCAAACUUGUCUCAUUCAACAGCCUAACAUCCAAGCGCUCAUGGGCGUCCAUUGAACCGCAAACAAAUAACAAUAUUAUAUAAUAUACAAUAUAUACAUAAUAUUAUAUAUAUAUUAUAAUUUCGUCGCCAUAAUAUAUUCUAGUAUACUAGUAUAUCAUAUAAUUAUCUAUAUAGGUAAGCGACAACACCGACUUAACGAUCCACGACCAUCGUGGUAACAUUUGGUCGUGGUUGCGUCAAUUUAUUUUUUAUUUAUUUUUAAAUAAGUCUUAGGCAUUUUUCUUUUUUUUGGAAACACACAUUUUUUUGCACGUCUCUCUCAUUUUAUAUUUUGAGAAAAAAAUUAUUUAUGCUUUUAUAUGCAGUAAUAAUGCACAGCAAUUGAAUAAUGUUGCUGUAUAACAAAAUAUCUAUAAUCUAUUAAAAUAAUUUAUAACAUACUACCUAUUAUACUGACAUAAAAGUAUGGAAAUUAAAUAUUUCUGAAUUAUAUUUUUAAACUUGGUUUUAUCUACAUUUUCUAGUCAAAAACAAGAUAUCGGUUGACCCUCCAAAAUUUUUAAAUAUAACUUUAAAUUGUUGUAUCUCCUGUGUAUAACAUUAUGUACAAUAUUAUAAUAGACAGUAUCGUUUUAUUUAGUACAAUUAUUCCAUAGUGGUGGAAUUUGCCAUUAAAAUUAAUAAACCAAGUUCCUGUGUGGUGAGGACUAAGGAUCUACUACUUCACCAUUCUCAAACCACAACUUUUAAUCAAAAAUAUGAAAUUUAAUAAAAUGCAAUAGAGACUUAUAUACACUUUUUAAGAAAUUUACUUACAUAUUCAGUAAAAGCAUUGAAGAAUAAUUAUAUUUGAUGAAUUAUACCAAAGUAGAUCAUUUAAAAUGUGUUAAUUAUUUUCAUUGGCCAUUUUAAUCUUUCGAAGAACAUUUUAAAAAUAAACGUGUAUAUUUUAAACCAUUUAAAUCGUAAUCUUGAGCGCUAUAAUUGUUUCUAAAUAUUGCACCAUUUUGAUUAAUUUCAUAUUUUGGGUAAAGAUGGUUCCUAUAUUAUAUCAGUAUACUUACAUAGUGUUAUAGUGCCGUUUUUCUUUUCAGGAUAUUUUUAUGUUAGGAUAUAAAUAUUUAAAUAACAAUAAUAGCUAACAACCACAUUGUGUUGGAUGACAAUGAGCUACAUCAUUAAAGAGGAAUGAAAACUUUCUCGUAUUUAAAAGUUGACUUGUUUUACAGGUCAUUUAAAUCUUCUGUAACACACAAUACAAAAUCUCUUCGAACUUAUUUUGCCACAUUCAAUGAAAAAAUGAAAUAUAUACUGUUUAUUUACUUACUAAUUUGAACGACAUUUGAUUUACUAGUGAGACAGUGAGUCAAAUACUGCAUAUAAAUACAGUGUAACAAUAAUAUUUACCUAAAACAACCCUAAUGGCAAAUAUAAUUUAGGAUACCUUAGGUUGGGUUUUAUUUUAUACUUUUCAAUAAUUUUGAAAAUGUGUCGGUAUUAUAUAUUUUCUACAAUAUGUGUUUAAAAAGAUAUGAACUUGAAUAAAAAAAAUGCACAAUCUUACAAAUAAAUAAUUGAGUUCGUUGCUGUUGUUUUUUUUCCAAUGUUCAUUAGUUUUACAGAUCUUACACUUAAUAAUUUAUCUUCAAAAGUUGAGAUUCUGAAAGAUUUAUGAUUUGUAUAUUUCUAAUUACUAUGGUAUAAAAUAAGUAAAUUAUUUAUCGUAGUGGAUUGAUACAUACUUACGUGUUGUAUACAAUUGCAUAGUAUUAAUAUAUAUUAUAUUAUUUCCAAUUCAGAUUUGCUUUUUGAACUAACACCGCCGCCCGAACACUAGGCAACUUUCGCACCAUCGAUACGGCCAAUGCCAAUACAGCAAUAUUAUAAUUAUUAUUAUUAUUAUUAUUAUUAUUAUUAUCAUUAUUAUUGUAAUUGUUGUUAUUGUUGUUAUUGUAAUAAAAUAAUAUUAUAAUGUACCUAACCUACGGCGCCCACUGGAAAACCAUGACGCAAUACGUUUGUAUUAAAUUAAAUAAUAAUAUGUUUAAGAACAAUCUGAAGCCUUUGACGAUUUUGCGCGAAAGUAUAUUUAUUAUAUGUAUAUUAUUAUUAUUAUUUAGCAAUUAUUAUUUAUUUACUUGUUAGUUGAAAACGACAUUUUUGUCAAUCAUUUUAUUUGUCACCACUAUAGGUACAUAAUAAUAUUAAUUAUUUAAUAUUAUCACCUUACCUGUGUACGUUGUACGUAACGCUCAUCGUAUGAUAAUAUUUAUCUACCCAAUAAUGUAUCGUUUUUAUUUUAAUUUAACUAUAAAUAAUUAAUGCACCAUAACAAUAUCGAAAAUUCUACACAUGCAUAAUAUAAUACAUGUUCGGUAUGCUACAGAAUAUUUUUUUUAUUCGUGAUGAAAUAAAUUACAACUAUAUAUUAUAUUAUAUUCAAUAUUGUAUACAGGGCAAUUCAUUAUAAGGUAAACACUCCUCAGAUUGCAUAUGGAAAAUAUCAUAAUCUUUUAUAAUAAAACGUGAACGGUUCGGUUAGGACUUAGGUUAGGUCGGUGUUUAACAAUAACAUAUUUUGUGGAACAUAAUCAUUACCAAAUGCUUUCUAUGUCAUUUACUCGAAAUGUUUUAAUGUUUUUUGGAAAUAUAUUUUUAUUAGACAAUUUGAAGUCAUUUCAAUACAACAUUUUUGAAAACAAAAUAUAUUUUUACUAUUUCUAGCGUAAUUAUUUUUAAAUGUUUACCCAUUUUUAAUUAAAACGUAUAUCAACGUAAUAUUCUAAUUUGGAAUAUGCAAUUUGAAUGUAGGUAUGUCGUCAAAAAAGUAUAAAAAAAAUGAUAUAACGAUAAAAAUUAAUAAAUAAUAAUUAAGAUAUUUCCAAAAACCUAUAGAAUUGAGAGCGAGUAUUAACCUUUAAAAUAAGCUCUGUACAAACGAUAUAAACGAAUUGAAUAAAUUCAGGGGCGGAUCUGAAGCCUGGUUAAGGGUGGGGGCGAAUAGGAAUAUUUCUGAGUGACAUAUGGAGUAUAAUGAAAUAAUUAACGGUAAUAAUCACGGUCCAUAGUGUAUUUCAUUGUGUGAUAAGCUAUUGAUAACACAAAUCUACGUUUGGUUAUCGAUGUUUAUCGGAAUUAAAUAAAUCUAAAAAUAAGAUUUCCAAAUAUUCCUUUACCUCGGCUUAUCUGUAUAUUAUAGAAUCAAUGUCAUAGCUAAUAUCACAACCUCGAUCGUAUAUAGAACCAUGAUCACAACUAUUAUUUACUAUCAUGAAACCACGAAACAUCCUACUUAUACAAAUAAAUACAUAAUUUAUAAGUAUUUAUAAAAUUAUUAUAUAAACCUAUUUAAAAAAUAUGAAAUAAAUCUGUAUAAAAAAGCCCAAGGGGGGCGAUCACCACGUCCCCCCCUCAGAUCCGCUCCUAUUUGGAUUCGCAUUGAAACGAACAAAAAGCUGUUUCAAUAAAUUGUAAUAUUUGAGUACCUACUCUGCACCAUACAGCGCCUAUUGUAUACCUAUACUUAUCAGUGUUAAGAAAAAACUCAUUGAUUAACACAUUAUUAUUACCUAAGCUUAAAAUUUAAAAUUGAUAAAUUUCGACGAAUAUACUCAUUGAAUUUCUCAUUCGUUAGAGAAAUUAAUUACACCACAUGAGUUAAAAAUAAAAAUUCAAUCGCAUUAUCCAUGAUUAAUUUUGUUUAGUUAUAUUUUUAUUAGUUAUAAAUUAUAUUUUUUCCCCAACACUGAUAAUACUUCUUAUAAUAAAUAUAAUAAAUUAUGUGUAUAAAAAACAUUUCUGUUGUUCACUCGACUAGCGUAUACUAAUUAGGUACGAUUUGUUUUUUUUUUUUUUAUAUAAUGUUAAGUAAUACAUAUCAUUACGUUUAAACGCAUAACGGUUAGACCAUUAUGUAUCCAAAUUUAUAUAUUAUUAUUACAUUUUUCGUCAAACAUAUUAUAAUAUUAUAUUCAUGUGUAUACUACAGUCUACAAUUGUAUUGUACCCACUUAGCCUACAAACAAUUGUAUGGUCUAAUAUCAUUGUACUCUAGUCUAAUAAGUUAAUAAAUUGUUUGGCAAUAUUUAA